CGCUCAUUGUUCUCCUUCUCCGCAGAAUGACAGAAGUGAUGAAUACAUGCGAGCCAGCCCCGAUGGAGGAAUUCAAGCUGAGCGUUGCGACGGCUGCCGAAGGACACCCCGUGCAGAUCUUUCCAGACUCCCAUGAUAAACAUCCCAAGCUGACCAAGAGGUUACCGUCCAUCGUGGUGGAGCCCAUGGAGUCGGGGGACGUGGAGAGCGGAGAGCUGCGUUGGCCACCAGAGGACAUCUCACCGACAGACGACAAAAGGGAGGCAAAGCCCUGCCAAGGAUGUUCAUAUGUGGAAGGUGCGACACAUUCUCCUCAUGAAGAAGAUUACAGCGGAUAUAGAGCGGGUGGAAAUUCGGCUAAUUAAAGGCUUUAAAUAAUGUCAAUUUUCUUUUUUCUUUUUUUUAAGUUCUCCUUAAACGUGAGGAAAUAAAAAAAUAAGCUUGUUCCAGGCAAACGUAGACAAGAGAAGCCGUCAUUUAAUAUCAGUGGAGUAGUUAGUGCUCGUAAGCAGCAGUUGGGACUCUACGGAACUGCAUCCUCCCAGGUGUCCAAGAAUCCGUCCCAGGUCUUCUGGCCGAGCCUGUUAUACCUGUGUCAUUCCGGUUCCGGGUUUUUUUUGGAGUUUAGAGCUAGCUGACUCACGAGCCAUAUAGAGUCCGAUUUCUUGUCGUCUCUGCCGAAUCUCCCCCGAAA